AUGUCGUCGGAACGUUCUAUUUCGCCAGAUCCCAUUGUUGAGCGCCCUGGUAAAUCAAGAUCAAGUGGUGGUUAUCGUGGCGAAAAUGCUGAUGCUGGCAUAUCUCAAGUGAGUAGCGCAGGUGCUUCGCAAGUUGUACAAUCAGCUCGUCCACCGAAACGUUAUCGUGAAAUGAGUGGUAGUCGAAGUGGCUCAAGAAGUAUGACCAGAAGUCGUUCGCCGAGUUUGAGUCGUAGCGGCGGCUCCCGAUCACCGCAUUCAGUCUCGCCCGAUCAUUUGAAGUCGAAUGCAGGUGGUAAUGGACCUGCAGGCGACGGAAGAUCGAAGCAUCGACAAGAACACAGUUCAUCAUCGAAAAAGAAAAAAUCGAAACGUCGCAGUGGUAGCACGGAACUGGACCGAUACGAUUGUGGUAUCUGUUUAGAAAAUGUUCCGAAUUCAAAACGUUUAUUUGGCGUACUGGACAAUUGUGAUCAUGUAUUUUGCUAUGAGUGUAUUGUCGGUUGGAAACGAUCAAAAUACAGUAACCAAGAGUCGGCUAGAUCGUUGCCAUGUCGAUAUUAUCUUCGUCAUGGGUUUUGUCGUUUUUCUGAUCGUUGUUUCUAUGAUCAUCGUGAAGCUGCACGUCAAUAUCGUCAACAACAUGGGUCUGGUGGAGGAAGUAGCGGUGGAAGUAGUCAUCAUGAAUAUCAUCGUUCUCAUUAUUAUUCUCAACGUUCACCAUCACCUUCACGUGAAUAUCGACGUCGAGAACAUCGUGAAAGAGCAUAUUAA